AUGUCAUCACAAAAAUUUUCAAAACUUGAAAAACUACAUCAGUUUGCCGCGAAGGGAGGGAUUGGAACAUGCGUUGCCAUCGAGGAUACGUUAGCUAAUUCUCAAAUUGACUUAAUGUUUUAUACUGGCGAAGUCAUUACUGUCCUGAAACAAAUUGAUGAUGAUAUUUAUCUUGGAUUUUGUGAGGGUGUAAUAGGUCGUUUUAGAGGAAAAUCUGUUUCGUUCAAUGGUCCUUUAAAAACUCAAUUACCUUCAAAAUCUGAUAAUAAUCAAAAGAAGUCUGAUAGUUUAUCACCUGAUAAUUCUCAAAGACAAUUACAGCAGGGCUCUUAUCUUUGUCCAUCUGAUAUUGGUCAAAAUGUUCAAUCUAGAUCUCGUUCAUCUUCUAUGUCUUCGGUGGAUAUUAUUAGUGAACCAUCUUCUCCCCCAACUACACCACCAUCAAUUAGUAUAACUUAUUCUAAUGAUGAUAUUCAAAAUUAUGAAAUAAAUCCUUCUGCUAGACAAUUUUCUACUCCCACUCCUCCAUUAUCUUCAAAAGUUAUUCCUUCUAAUCCUUCCUCGAGACAAUUUUCUACUCCCACUCCUCCACUAUCUUCUCCAAAAAUUAUUCCUUCUAAUCCUUCCUCGAGACAAUUUUCUACUCCCACUCCUCCACUAUCUUCUCCAAAAGUUAUUCCUUCUAAUCCUUCAUCUAGGCAGAUUUUUACUCCAACUCCUCCACUAUCUUCUCCAAAUGUUUCUCCUAAUCACUCCUCUAGACAAAAUUUUACCCCCGCUCCUCCACUAUCUUCAAAUGUUUCUCCUAACCAUUCCUCUAGACAAAUUUUUACUCCCACUCCUCCACAAUCUUCUCCUUCUUCUAAUUCACCUCCACAAAUUAUUCCUUAUAAUCCUUCUAGACAAUUUUCUUCUCCCACUCCUCCACUAUCUUCUCCAAAAAUUGUUCCUUCUAAUCCUUCUUAUAGGCAAUUUUCUCCCACUUCUCUACCAUCUUCUCCGUCUUCACCAAGAAUGGUUCCUUCUAAUCCUAAUCAUUCUGCCAGACAAUAUACUUCUCCAUUAUCUUCUCCAAGAAAUGUUCCUUCUAGUCCUCUAUCUUCUCCAAAAGUUAAUUCUGCUAGACAAUUUCCUACUUCUAAUUCUCCUUUAUCUUCGCCAAGUACUGUUCCUCCUAGUCCUUCUUAUAGGCAAUUCUCUUCUCCUACUCCUCCACUAUCUUCUCCAAAAGUUGUACCCCAAAUUUUAGUCGAUGAUAGUGAACUAGAAAGUUGUCAUAAACGAUUUCAUUCAAAAAAAAAUUAUCCCACAAACGAUUUUGAUGAUGAUGAUAGUAUUUAUACUAGCAAUAACUCAUCAAUUGACUUCACAAAGCGUCCAAUGGCCCCUUUCAUGUAUGAAAAUGGCAAUGAUAGCGGUACUAAUGACAGUGAAGAUCUUAGUUCAGACGAAGAUGAAUAUGAUGCUAAAUCUUUAAAAAACGUAGAACCUAAGAAAAGAUCUGAUAGUCCUAAGAAAGAAAAGGUUAUUGCUGUUGAUAAUUAUGGAUUUGUACAUAAGGUUGCUGAAAAUGAAAUUCCUGAAGGCGUUGAAGAAAAGACUUCACGUAGUAUUCGCUUAUAUCGUGAGCGUGAAACAAAAUGGGUUACUUUCCUCGGAAGCAUGGACCCUUCAAUGGCAAGAGACUCAAGAAAAAAAUUAGUUCGUCUCGGUAUCCCAGAGUCUGUGCGUGGCAGGGCUUGGCAAUUAAUGGCUGGAGUCCACAAAUAUCGUAAAAAGGGUGUUUUUGAUAUAUUACGAAAUAAAGAAAAAUUGCCAAUAUAUAAUGAUAUAGAGAAGGACAUUGAUAGAUGUUACCCUGAUCAUAUUCACUUUCGGGAAAAAGGUUUUGGACAAGAAGAUCUUUUUAAUAUAUUGAAAGCGUAUGCACAUUAUGAUACAGUAGUAGGGUAUUGUCAGGGCAUGGGUCGUCUAGUUGGAAUGAUGUUAAUGCAGAUGCCUGCCGAGGAUACUUUUUGGCUCCUUGUUGCUACAAUAGAAGAAUACAUGGGUGGUUACUUUGCUCCAGAUUUACCACAAAUUAAAGUAGAUUCUCGAAUAUUUGAUUUGUUAUUAUACGAACAUGAUCAGAAGUUGGCGCAGCAUUUUAGAAAUCAGUCUGUUGAUCCAAUCCUUUAUAUUCCAAAAUGGUUCUUGACGAUAUUUACUAUGGUUUUACCAUGGGCAUCAGUUCUUCGCGUAUGGGAUGUAUUUUAUUUCGAAGGUGUCAAGCUAUUUUUCAGAAUUGGAUUAGCAAUCUUUGAUUGUACACGAGACUAUAUAUUGAACCAUUGUCCGACAAUUUCAGAAAUUCUAGAAUUUUUGGGUUCAAUUCCACACGAACUAUUAACACCUGACUUACUUUUAGAUGCUGCCUUCAAGAUUAAACUGAAGCGCAGUACAAUAAAGAGAUUGACUAAAAAAGCAUCAGAAAAGAAUGAAUCAGAUAAGAAAGUGAAGAUUGAAGGAAUUGAGUUUACAUUAAUUGGUGAUGUAAAUAAAAAAGGCUGA